AUGAAGGCUCUCCAUCCUUUUGUCUUGCUCUCCUUGAUUUUUCUUCUACCACUAUCCAUCGGUAGUGUCGAUGGCUAUGGACACGGCGAGGCGUUGCAUGGAGAUGCGCUGGCCUUGCUCUCCCUCAAGGCCUCCCUCAGCUGCCGCCCCCACGUGCUGCGCUCGUGGCUGCCGGGCAAUGUCGCCUCCGUGUGCGAGUGGACCGGCGUCCGCUGCGCCGGCGGCAGGGUCGUCUCCGUCGACAUCGCCAACAUGAACGUGUCCACUGGCGCGCCCAUCACGGCCGAGGUGACUGGGCUCGCCGCGCUCGCGAGCCUCUCCCUCGCCGGGAACGGCAUCGUGGGCGCGGUGGCCGUGUCCGCGCUCCCGGAGCUCCGCUACGUCAAUGUUUCCGGCAACCAGCUCGGCGGCGGCCUCGACGGCUGGGACUUCCCGUCGCUCCCCAGCCUCGAGGUGUUCGACGCCUACGACAACAACUUCUCCUCCUCGCUCCCGGCCGGCGUGACGGCGCUGCCGCGGCUCCGAUACCUUGACCUCGGCGGCAAUUACUUCUCCGGGGUGAUACCCGCGUCGUACGGCGGGAUGCUGGCUCUGGAGUACCUGUCCCUCAACGGCAACAACCUGCAGGGCGCCAUCCCGCCGGAGCUCGGCAACCUGACGAGCCUCAGGGAGCUGUAUCUCGGGUACUACAACGCAUUCGACGGCGGCAUCCCGCCGGAGCUCGGCCGGCUGCGCAACCUCACCAUGCUGGACGUCUCCAACUGCGGCCUCACCGGGAGCAUCCCGUCGGAGCUGGGCGAGCUGGCCUCCCUCGACACGCUGUUCCUCCACACGAACCAGCUGACCGGCGAAAUCCCGCCGGAGCUCGGCAACCUCACGGCGCUCACCAGGCUGGACCUGUCCAACAACGCGCUCACCGGCGAGGUGCCGAGCACCCUGGCGUCCCUCACCUCGCUCCGGCUGCUCAACCUGUUCCUCAACCGGCUCCACGGCCCGGUCCCCGACUUCGUCGCUGCGAUGCCGCGGCUGGAGACGCUGCAGCUCUUCAUGAACAACUUGACCGGCCGCGUCCCGGCGGGCCUCGGCGCCAGCGCGGCGCUCCGGCUCGUCGACCUGUCGUCGAACCGGCUCACCGGCAUGAUCCCCGAGAUGCUGUGCUCCUCCGGCGAGCUGCACACCGCCAUCCUCAUGAACAACUUCCUCUUCGGCCCCAUCCCCGGGGCGCUCGGCUCGUGCGCGAGCCUCACCCGGGUCCGGUUCGGCCACAACUACCUCAACGGCAGCAUUCCCGCCGGCUUCCUCUACCUCCCGCGGCUCAACCUGCUGGAGCUGCAGAACAACCUGCUCUCCGGUCCGGUCCCGUCGAACCCGAGCCCGACCCUGACCGGUUCGGAGUCGCAGCUGGCCCAGCUCAACCUGUCCAACAACCUGCUGUCCGGGCCGCUGCCUGCCGCGCUGGCCAACCUCUCCGCUCUGCAGACGCUGCUGGUCAGCAACAACCGUCUCGCCGGCGCCGUGCCGCCGGAGGUAGGGGAGCUCCGGCUGCUCGUGAAGCUCGACCUCAGCGGCAAUGAGUUGUCCGGGCCGAUACCGGAGGCCAUCGGCCGGUGCGGGCAGCUCACGUACAUUGACCUCAGCACCAACAAGCUGUCUGGGCCGAUCCCGGAGGCCAUCGCCGGGAUACGGGUGCUGAAUUACCUCAACCUGUCGAGGAACCAGCUCGAGGAGUCGAUCCCCGCCGCGAUCGGGGCGAUGAGCAGCCUCACGGCGGCCGACUUCUCCUACAACGACCUGUCCGGCCAGCUGCCGGACACGGGCCAGCUGCGGUACCUGAACGAGACGGCGUUCGCGGGCAACCCGAGGCUGUGCGGGCCGGUGCUGAACCGGCCCUGCAACAUCAGCAGCGACGCCGGCGGGUCGACGGCCGUGAGCCCGCGGCGGGCGACGGCGGGGGACUACAAGCUGGUGUUCGCGCUGGGUCUGCUGGCGUGCUCGGUGAUCUUCGCCGCGGCGGCCGUGCUGCGCGCUCGGUCGUACCCCGGCGGCGGGCCGGACGGCGCGUGGCGGUUCACGGCGUUCCACAAGGUGGACUUCGGCAUCGCGGAGGUGAUCGAGUGCAUGAAGGACGGCAACGUGGUGGGCCGCGGCGGCGCCGGCGUGGUGUACGCGGGACGAGCCCGGUCGGGCGGCGCGAUCGCCGUGAAGCGUCUGAACGGCGGCGGGCGGCACGACCACGGGUUCCGCGCGGAGAUCCGGACGCUGGGCAGCAUCCGACACCGGAACAUCGUGCGGCUGCUAGCCUUCUGCACCAACGACCAGGAGGCGAACGUGCUGGUGUACGAGUACAUGGGCGGCGGCAGCCUCGGCGAGGUGCUCCACGGCAAGGGCGGCGGGUUCCUGGCGUGGGACCGGCGGUACCGGAUCGCGCUGGAGGCGGCGCGCGGGCUCUGCUACCUGCACCACGACUGCAGCCCGAUGAUCGUGCACCGGGACGUCAAGUCCAACAACAUCCUCCUCGGCGACGGCCUGGAGGCCCACGUGGCGGACUUCGGGCUGGCCAAGUUCCUCCGCUCCGGCGCCGGCGCGUCCGAGUGCAUGUCCGCCGUCGCCGGGUCCUACGGCUACAUCGCGCCAGGUACGUACGAACACGUCUCGUUACAUACACAUGUGCUGGUGUUUUGUCUCUAG